AUGCAGGCAGUCAGUACAGUAUUUCGGAUCCCAAUCUAUAAAGUCUUAGAGGGAAAUAGGAACCAGCCAUACUACAGAACGCUGGAAAGGAUCCCUGGCAAGUUCGUGGGUAGUAGCACUGGCAAGCAUUGUGCCUACCAUAAUAAGGCUGGGCACUUGACUCAGGGAUACAAGGCUUUUAAGUCACACAUGGAGGAUUUGGUCAGACAGGGUUACCUAAGAGACCUGGUCGAUGAGGCCAACGAGAAUAAAGUUCGAGGGAAGGCUCAGAGAUUAAUGCACCAGCAUCAUGUAUAUCAGAUUGAGCAAAAGAAACCUAGGACAGAUGAAUAUCAAAGACUGAUGAUUUCUGUCACUGAGGCCAACUUAGAUAUAGUGCUUCAUCCACACAAUGAUGCCCUGGUGGUAACUCUGAAGAUUGGAGAUUACCAGAUGAAGUGCAUACUGAUCGAUCAGGGCAGCACUUGUCACAUCAUGUAUGUCAGAUGUUACAAGGAGCUUGUCCUCUAUUAG